AUGUCGUGCUCGAGCAGCGACGAGGAUGAUACUUUCACCGGGCCGCACAGGCCUGACAUGGCGAAGGUGCGGGCGAAGCUGCGCAAUUUGCCCACGCUGGAGCGGCUGUUGGCGGAAAAGGACCCGCACGUCUACACCGACGAGCAAAUGAAUACGGCGACGACGUUCAUUGAGGCCAUCGCGCAGGCGCAGCCGUCGUCUGUGCAGCAGAUUGAACAGCAGCUGCGGAAGCUUAUGAAAAAGCACCGAGUAGUGGCGAAGAAGUCACUUUUGCUCGCGGCGUAUCGGAAGUGGCUGCAGGCGGAGACGGAGCGGCGUGGCAACGACGUGCUGGAGCGGUAUUUUGUCUCCAAAGCGCCCCGAAGUCAGUCGGGGGUCCUCGUCGUUACUGUCUUUACAUCACCGUAUCCGGAAGGGCAGAAGUUUAGCUGCAAGUGGAACUGUUACUACUGCCCGAAUGAGCCGGGGCAGCCACGCAGUUAUUUGCUUAACGAGCCUGGCGUGCGCCGCGCCAACCGGUUGGCGUUUGAUGCCUACACGCAGUUUCAAGACCGCGUGAAGUCACUUGUAGCGAUUGGACAUCCUGCCGACAAGGUUGAGUUGCUCGUACUCGGUGGUACGUGGGAGAGUUAUCCGCUCUCAUACCGUGAGUCUUUCAUCCGUGACCUCUUUUACGCCGCCAACACGCUCCAUGACUACAGCGAGGUCAAUGAUGGCACCGACAGCAAUGCAGCGGCGCCACAGCCAAGCCACUCACGGCCUCCAAUGGAUUUGCUUCAGGAACAGAUGCUGAACGAAACUGCCUUAUGCAAAAUUAUAGGAGUCACGCUGGAAACACGGCCGGAUACGAUAAACGAGGAAAUGCUGCAGCAGCUACGGCGAUUUGGCUGCACGCGGGUGCAGCUUGGUGUGCAGCACACCGAUGACGCGGUGUUGUUGGCAGUCAAUCGACAGUCUACAAGGGAGGAGGCUGUUCGCGCCAUUAAGCUUUUAAAAGAUAGCUGCUUUAAGGUCGACAUUCAUCUCAUGCCGGACUUACCAGGGUCUACUCCGGAGGGAGAUAAGGCGAUGUUUGACGAUGUUUUGUAUUCAGCGGAUCUGCAGGCGGAUCAGUGGAAAAUUUAUCCCUGUCAAACCACACCCUUCACGGUGAUUGAGCAGUGGUUCAAGGAGGGGAAGUACCAACCAUAUGGCCUGGAUAACUUAAUUGAAGUUAUUCUGCACGCCAAACGUAGAGUACAGCCAUGGGUGCGACUGAACCGCGUUAUACGCGACAUUCCCCAUGAAUACAUUCUUGGAGGUGUGGAGGUAUCAAAUCUGCGUCAACUUCUCGCGACAAAACUUCAACGGGAAGGCUGCCGUUGUCAGUGCAUUCGCUGCCGCGAGGUUAAAGCCGAUGCGGCGGCCGCGGAAAAACUUGAGGAGGCAACGCUGGUGGAGCGUCGCUACGUUGCAAGUGAGGGAGAAGAAGUGUUCGUGUCGUAUGAAAGCGUGGAUGGAUUAACACUUUUUGGCUUCUUGCGUCUUCGUGUUCACAUUCAGAACUGGAUAACCCCCUUUGACGAGCUGCGGUCAUGUGCGUUGAUCCGCGAGUUGCAUGUUUAUGGGCGAUUAGUGCCAACACACAAGGAGGCUGACACGGCGAAGGCGCAACACCGUGGCGUGGGGUCGUUGCUGCUGGAGCGGGCGGAGAGCAUCGCACGUGCCGCGGGGUACAAGAGGAUUGCCGUCAUCAGCGGUGUCGGGGUGCGCAAUUACUACCGCCGCAAAGGGUACUUUAUGGUGACACGCCCAAGCUGCGGGUUCUUCCUUGUGAAGGAGCUGCAAAUAAUAAAUAACAUGGAGGAGAACGGAAAGAUGACAGUAGCGUCAAAUGGACGUGAUGAAAGACCGCGAGGUGCUGGCGAAAGAGCAACGGAGGUGGAGCAGAAUACCACCACACCGCAUGGAGACGAACACAUGAGCAGCAGCCGUGGCUGGUGGCGGUACAUUUCCGCUUUCUGGGGACGCUGGAAGCGGCCACGGGGUGAGGAAUGA